AUUUGUUUGAUGAGUUAUAGAGAAUUAGUUCCAACAGUUGAAGAUCACAAUGCUGGUCAUGUAAUAGGUUUUAUAAUUGGUAAAUGAAAAUGUAAUAAAAGGAUUACUAUAUAUGUUUGCUUUUGUUUAUUACAUUUAUAAGAAGUAUUUGUCAAAUCUGUUUGAAGACUUUAUGAGUUUAUUAGAUGUAAGUAAACAUUUAAAUAGUUAAAAUUAUAGGAUAAAGAAUAUGAAGAAACUUAUCGGCCUAUACUAUAUAGUUUACUGAAUUCGAUGCAAUUUUUGAUUUUAUGCUUUUACUCAACUUUCAGUAGUAAAUCAGAUUUAGGUGUUUCAGUAAUUAUUGGAUCAGAUGCCUUUAGUAUAUUAUUUAUAUUUGGAUUAAUUUUAAUAAAAUUUCCUAAUUCCCAUCAUGGAGUUUUAGACACAUGGACAACGUUAAGGGAUUGUGUUAUUUAUAUUGUAGGAUUGUUAGUGAUGCUUUUGUGUCUUUAUUAUGAAUGGGCUAAGAUAGGAACAGCUUUGGUUUUAUUAGUUUAUUACAUAUUAGAUUUAAUUGUAUUAGCAGGGAAUUAUGAAAUAAAAGAAAAGAUUAUGGAAUGGUUGACUCUAAAUAAUGAGGAUAAUGAAUUUAAUUCAGAUUAACAUAUGGAAUAUAAAAAAAGAAGAUAUUCAAUUACUUAAUUGAGAGAUGCAGGAAUGGUCGAUCUAAAAGACUAAAGUUUAUAAAAAAAAAUUAAUACUUUUGAAGCAAUUUUAGUGAUCAAAUAUGGAUAAUAAUAACCAUAAAAAAAAAGAAUUAGACAAAGAUUUGGAUCAAUAGUUUAUGCCAUUAUUUUUUCAAUCAGAAAUUCAAUAAAAUCAGAAAUUUAAAAAAGAUCAGAAUUUUAUUAAAAUCUUUAUAAACCUAAAUAAAAACAAAGAUAAUAAUUAAAUGAUGAAUAGCCUCAAAGUGCUAUAAAAUAAAGAAAUGAUUAAUAAGAUAAUGAUUAAGAUGAUAAUCCAUUAAUAGAUUCUAAUCCUAUGGAAUCUGUUCACCAAGCCAAUAAUUAAGAUUAACAAAAUUCUUAACAUUAAAAUCAAGAUGAAUAAAUGAACUAAGAAUAAUCUAAACUUGAAAUGCCUAAAGAAUCCUUAGAUAAAGUUUUAUUUAUUAUUUUCUUUCCAAUUCAUCUUAUAUUGUAUUUACUUCCUAAUUAUAAUGAUAAUGUAGUACCAAAGAAAUUAGUGUUGUGCUUUUUCUUAAAUUUAGUUUUGCUUUGUGGAUGUUACUAUUUAAUUGAUUGGUGGGCAUUUGAAUUAGCAUUAGCAACUGGAAUUCCUUUGUAAUUAAUAGGAAUGAUCUUUUUGGGUUUUUUAACAUAAAUUUAAUUUGCUAAUUAUAAUUUAGAAGUUGCUAAAAUUGAAACAAAAUUAGAAUUUACUUAAGCAUUCUUUUAAACAGCAAUUUGCAAAAUAUCAUUAUGUACAGGAUUACCUUGGGUUUUAAGAAUUAUAAUAGAUCUUGAUAUUGAAUAUGAAAUGGAUUAUAAUGAUUUCCAAAGAGCCUUUUGCAUUUCAAUUGCAGUCCUCUGCGUGAUAGUUUUUAUUUUACUCUUACUUGCAUUGGCCAAAGGAUUUAAUUUGAAAUCCUAAGACGGAGUAAAAAUAAUUGUUCUUUAUGGAUUAUUUAUUUUAAUAUCUGCUAUUAUUAUUGGAUUAAAUAUUUUAAAGUGAU